AGCGCGAACGGCUCCGACACCGAAGAAGACACUUCAGUCCCAUUAAGGCUGCGGCGGCGCGCGGCUCGCGCUCUUUCCAACCCCUCCGAAGAAGACACGUGAACCGCGUGACCACGUGGAUCCCUUGUGCGCGACACUCACGCGAGCUUUCUCGAUAUCGCGAAUGCUAUACACGCUGGCUCGGACCAAGUGUUCUGUUCUCUGGUGAGAUCGAUCGGGGGUUUCUAUAUCGACAACAGUGGACGCGAAAACAACCGUCAACCUGGAGCCCACGUGUCAAAAACGACGGAAAUGUGAGGCCGACGGAAAGGAGGCGAAGGCGGAGCUGGCACAACGCAAUAUGUUCCCUAGCGCUCAAAUUAAAAUGAGAUUGCUGUCGCCAAGCAGUUCGCCGGCCACGUCGCCCACAAUGUCGAAUUCCUCGUCGCCGACGCCACCAACGCCUGCUGCACCGGCCUACAAUCAGAAGAUGACCGGGAUACCUUGCGUUGCAGCCGCUUCCAGGUACACGGCUCCGGUUCACAUCGACGUAGGCGGCACCAUAUACACAUCCUCGCUGGAAACGUUGACCAAAUAUCCAGAAUCGAGACUAGCGAAAUUGUUCAACGGCAGCAUCCCCAUCGUCCUCGACUCUCUGAAGCAGCAUUAUUUCAUCGACAGGGACGGCGGCAUGUUCAGACACAUAUUGAAUUUUAUGAGAAACUCCCGACUGCUGAUACCUGAUAAUUUCGCCGAUUUGGAUUUAUUGCUGGAGGAAGCGCGAUAUUUCGACAUCGCACCCAUGUGCAGGCAAUUGGAGCAAAUGAAGAAGGAGCGCAUAAAAAAUGGAUCGACGACGACGUCGUCCUCCUCCCCGAGUCCGCCGCCAGCGAACCAACUAGGCAAUCGAGGCUCGGGGUGCACGACAGUGCCUUGUAACCGGGACUCGGACAAGCUCCGCGGCAACGAAGGGAACUGCAACUACGAGUGCGUCGCCCUUCACGUCAGCCCGGAUUUAGGGGAAAGGGUGAUGUUGUCGGGUGGUAGAGCGCUUUUGGAUGAGGUCUUCCCGGAAACGACUCAGGCGGUGAUCGACGCUCGUUCCGGCGUCGCCUGGCAUCAACAGGACGCCCGUCAUGUAAUCAGGUUCCCGUUGAACGGCUACUGCAAACUGAACUCCGUGCAGGCCAUCACCAGGCUGCUGAACGCGGGAUUCCGCGUGGUAGCCAGCAACGGAGGCGGCGUCGAAGGACAACAGUUCUCGGAGUACCUGUUCGUCCGACAGGCCGUCAACACUUGACGGAACACUGCGCACCAGCGCAAAACUAGCUCGAGAACGGUCCGUUGUCUUCAACGGGACCACGAUCCCGAGUGAAUUGUCCAGGAGAAGAAUAGAAGAAGACUGUCUCACGGAUGAUCAUCUGAUCGAGCGGAGCACCACGCAGGUGGUUCGGCUCCCGGGGAUCGUUCAAGAGAUCCCGUGUAUCAAUCGCGAAUUGGAAAUCCCUAGACGACACGACUCACUUUUACGCGGGUACAGGAUACAUGGAGAUUAAAGGCAAUUUUUGAAAUUGUUCAUGUUCCUGGGCAAAGUAUAUGGAAGUUGCGAUGACUUUUUUUGUAGCUGCUGAGACGUUCUUCGUCUUACUUUCAGAUAAUCCUCUUUGGAAAAAUUUUAUCCUUCUAUGUCCCGGCAUAAUUCUAUGUAACCCUGUAUGUUUUUCGAAGUAUACUUUUCAUUCAAAUGCUACUGCAAAUUAGCCAGUUAACUGCGUUUGACGAAUAUACACGUUAGUUUAAAACUCUCAGUAAUACUAAUUUUUUCAAUGAUGAAUUAUUUAUUUUUACAGAUAAACAUGUAAUUCUUCUUCGUAUUGCUUUAGUUUUUCGUUAGAAUAUAUUAUAGGUGUGUUUGUCCUGCAUUUGACUAGUGUACAAUUCAUUAAUUCGAUUUUAUUGUGAGCACAAUGAGAGAUUUUUUUAACUAAACUCCACAGUUAACAGGUUAAACAUGUUAGAUUUUGUAAAAAAAGUCGUUUAAUUCAAUUUAAAAAGUUGGUAAAUAACUUCAAAAGAUUGUGUUAUUUAUAGGGAGCAACAAAAAAUAAGAAUAGCAUAGUUGAGGACAUAGAAGGUUAAAUUUGGCUUUUAUUAAUUUCAUCUUAAACAUCAGUGUUCCUAAAAAGCGUUACUGUGUACGGUUCAAUGUUCUUCCUAGACUUAAAUGUAAAUUAAUUUUAUAGAUUCGUUAUAUUCUGUCCAUUAAUUUCACUAUUUGAUUGUUGAAUUGAACUGAUAUACUUAAUAAUAUCGAUGUAGUAAAACAAUCGAACUACAUAUUUACGUUAAUUUUUGGUCUCAAGAUUUUUAGUUCUCAAACAUUUCAUCUGCUGAAAAAGUUGUUGUUUAUUAUGUCACCAUAUUUUCUAUACUGCGACGCCGUUAUUGAUAAAUAUAUCAGUCAGUUCCUCGUAGGUAAAACUUUCCAAGUGUAUAAACGACACAACUGAGGUAUUAAAAUUGAAAUUGUUUUAUAAAAUUAAAGUUGACUGAUAUUGUAUAAAACAGUAUAUCUAGAAUGGUGACUCCUGAAUAUUUUUUAUGUCAUCAACUUUGUAUACCUUUUUUAUAACAUCGUGAUGUGAAUCAUAGCAUGGAACGAAACAAUUUAUUAGACAAUAUUUUCUGAUUCAGUUCUACCAUGCUGUCUCGUGCUGUUUUGAGGUUUUUAGCCGUUCCUUGUUAGCUCGUUAGUUGUAAAAUUAUUUUUUUAUAUUAACUGUAAUAUUUAACAAUCCGGUGACAGAGUAAUAAUGUACUCGGAAGGUACAGAGUAAAUCACGUAACUCGAUCCAACUUAGUGACUGUAUUUCUCCCUUUUAAUUAAAUUUGUUCGUUUAGUUCCGAACAAUAUCUUUAAUUUAAUGUAAAAAUUAUUCUUGAAGAUAUGGAAGAUUAGUUAUAUUUCCUUAUUUUUAAUACAUUCCUAUAUUUUUUAGUCUUUUGUCUUUCAGUAGGUAUAAGAACAAACAUUUUAAAUGAAAUUCAAGUAAUAUGACUUUUACUUAUAGUUCACUCUACGAACGCAACAAUUUGAAAGCUUAAUGUUCAAUUCAAUCUGAAAACACGAAAAUAACGAAGGAGUAUCCUUCAACAAAAUUUUACUUUAUAAUUCAAUUUUAAUCGAAUUAAAAAGAUCUUCCACUACUUGUAAAAUUACAAAACUGUUUUAAAACGCCUACAGGGAUUCUUGCAAACUUUCAAGUAAAAUUAUUAAUAACGCCAAUAUUCCGUAACCUGAAUCUACAUUGCCAGUAAAUAUCCUAAAAUAUUAUGAAAUGUAAAUUUUUAUCUCGGAAUAUUCAUGAACCUCACAAUGGCGUUCCAAAUAACUUUCUCAAAGAUCUUGAGCAUGACCACUGAUAUCGUAAACCGAGAGGAAAUAACAAGACAAAAGCGUUUUAAAUAUUUCUGCAUAAGAAAUGAUCCAGUUUAUUGAAUAAAAAAUUGAAAGAAAAAAUGAUUUCAAUAUCGAAGACGAUAUCACGGUUGUACGAGAAGAAAUUCGCAAGGAUCUCCGAAGCAUCGCAAUUUUCGAGGUCUGUAAUUCAUAAUUACAAAAUCACCGUUAAAAUUGUUUCAAUAUCUCAGCGAAUAUUGGGUUCCGGAAUAUAAUCGUCGCAGUUACGUGUACGUGUCGUCGAACGGUAUCAUUACGCACGCUCGUGACCCACAUUUACCUAAGAACCACGGGUGCGCCGGUCUUUACUUUGCUUUUAUUUAAUAAGGUGUAUCUAUAUGUAUUUAAAUGCCAUACUAAUUACUGUAAAUACCGCGAAUAAACGUGUAUCUAUAUCUAUAUAUAUAUUAUAUAUAUAUAAAUAUAAAUAUUCUAUGUACUUAAUUUGCCGACAUUCGAAUGCGAAACUAUUGACAACGAAAUCAUUCGCGUUGAUCUCAUCGGCUCUCCACGAAAAAAAGGAAAGAAGGAAAUGUAAAAGCUAUCACUAAUUACGAAAUAACAAUUCAAACAUGGAAAAACCGUUCGAAUAAGACAUUUUAUUAUUCGAAUGAUUAUUCCGGUUUGAACUCGGCCGAAGUCUCGCGCCGCUUCUGUCGCUAGUGACUGUUCCGGUUACGCUAUGAGUUUAAAUAAAAAAGAAUAGUUUCUAAUCAACAAGACACUUGCUACAAUAAGUACCGU